AUCUCAACGCUGCUCUCAGUAGCACUUCCUGGUUUGGUUUGGUUUGUUUUUGCUGUAUUGAUCAUGGCUGCUGAAGGAGAUUUUCUGGCGAGAUACAGAGCUGUGUCAAAUAAACUGAAAAAACGGUUUCUCCGGAAACCCAAUGUAGCAGAGGCGAGUGAGCAGUUUGGCCAGUUGGCAAAGGAGCUGAAGCAGCAGGACUGCCUUCAGUAUGCUGCCUUCUGUAACCUGGCCAUGGCUCGGUGUGAGCAGACUCUCUUCAAUGCUCCUGGAGAAGCUCUGGCAUUAACCGAUGCUGCACGCCUCUUUCUCUCAUCUGAGAAAGAGAACAAAGCCCUGCAGGCGCCGGGCUUUGAUGAGCACCUCCAAGCUGCACUGAACUGCUACAGCUUCGCUGUCAAGGUGUACAUUGAGAUGAACCAGCCCGUGAUGGCAGCCAGCCUGUGUUUGGAACUUGGCAAUGCGCUCAAGGAAAUGAACAGACCUGGGGAGGCAAUAGUGCACUAUCAGAGGGCUGCAGAGUUACAGACACAGACUCCAACUGAAGCUCUGCUGUCGAUGGGAGAAAUGGCCACAUGUAAAAUUCUCACCCGCGAUUACGACGGUGCUUUGUCAGUGUUCACCGAGAUGCAACUGGUGUGUCAGGAGAGAGGACUGCAGCUCCCAGGCACCACCACACCUGUUGGUGCUUUUCUGGACAUUGUGGCCAAAUGUGAGAUAUCCAGAGUGUUACUGCUGAUGUUGCUUGAGCCCCCGCCUCAGAAGUUGCUACCUGAACACGCUCAGACCCUGGAGAGAUACGCAUGGGAGUCCUUUGACCCUCACAGCCAAGUGAACUUCCUGCCGGAGAACGUCUUCCUGCUCCUGCAGUCUGUCGUGAUGGCGUGUCAGGAGAAAGAUACCGAGUCCCUAAAGUCUCUCCAGACAGAGCUGUGGCCGUUUCUGACAGCUGAACAGAAUCAUCUUCUCCAUCUGGUGGUUCAGGAGCGAAUCACACCGUCUGGUCAAGGCAUUUAGGCGAGUCCGGCUCUUACUCACUUCCUGUGGGAUCAAUAUUUUUAUAUCAUGGAACAUUCCUGUUUCUGACUGGGUCUGUUGUAAGGCCUGGAGAGGGGUUGUUUUCAAGACUUUGCUGAUGUAACUUACACUUGUACAAAACUGUCCUUAUUGAGUCUUUGAGAUUUGGAAAUCUGAUGACAUGGAAGCAGCAUUUUCAUAAUGAUGUGUUCAUUUGUAAAAGUCUGGCCUCUUUUUUGUACAAGACUUAACUGAAAGCUAUAAAACAGGACAAUGUCUUAUAUUUGUUAUGUAAAAGUCUGCUGAAUUGACUUUAUUUCCAGUGGUUUAACAGUUUAAUCACAACCAUUCUUGGGUUUUAAUUCAUUUUAUUAGUAAAUGACAUGGCUUGAAUUCCAUUAAAAUUACAGACAAACCUUUUAUUGAAUAUCUCCAUUAUAUAGUGAAAUAUAAAACCACUCCUAUAUCCCUGGAUCAGUUAAUUUUCACUUGUACAGAUGUACGUUUCUUAGGAUAGCAGCCAACUACACACACAACAUCAAACAUGGUUUACACACAAAAAAAAAACACUCAAUACAAAAUGCUACAAAAAUAUAAAAUGGUUACAUUGUACAUAGCUAGAUACAAUAUACUUGAGUUGUAAAAUAAUGAUAAAUGAAUAAAACUAAUUGUACUGUGACA